GCCAAUAUUGUCUUCUACUUAUAACAUCUAUCUAUCUAUCUAUCAUUUUGAGUAUCAACAAAAUGUUUCUAAGAAGCUCCAUUUCCACUACCAAAAAACUCAUCCAGAAAACGUUGUACAAUGUCAAAUAUUUAUUCUCUGGUGGUAGUGGAUAUCAAAAGAUUCCAAAAACCUACAUAGAGCAGAAGAAGAACAUAAUAAUGAUGUCGUCUCCGCCGCCAAGAAAGGAAGAGAGAGAUCAUCAAGUUGUUGUUGCUUCAAAGAGGAAGGAGAUAAUAAUCAUAAAGAAGAAGAAAUAUGAAGAAAAUAAAAUUAGAGAUGAAAGGAGUUAUUUGGUGACUCAAAAGCUAAACGAAUUGAAAAUGUUAGAGAACUACAAAGAUGAGCACGGCCUCGAUAUUGAACAAGUUAUUUAUUACUACUCGCGUCUCACAUGCCCCGCUUAUAUUGAAAUUGUUGACAAGUUUUUUAUGCAAAUAUACUCUGAACUUUUUGGACUUAAUUAAUGAAUUUGUAAUACUAAUUCUUUUUCAUCUGCUAUGGAAAAUAACACCUUCAUCCUUCACUUG